AUGGUUGCACAUCACACACACGUCUAUCGAAAGGUAGUCCGAGAGAUAGCCAAAGCGACUGUCAAACCUCGGUUAGCUCGGAACAAAGACAUUGCUUCAAACUUCCGAGCCCUGUUCGCACAGAGUGGACGACCCGAGGAUACGCAACGUUUUCAUCACGAUAUGCAGAAUGCCUUGACUUUCCUGCGAUCUCAGCGAGAAUAUAAGGCUUUGUUGGAGAGAUAUAACCCAUUAAUCGACCUAACAGCGGAGGAACGGAUCGAAGCGACUGCACGACGAGUAGCGGUCAGCUCAUCUGAAACCCUCACAGCCUUGCAUACCGCAGCAUCCUGCCUCAAAGAUCUCUCCCCAGUCGCUUUUCCUACUGAAACCGUUUAUGGGCUGGGUGCUAUCGCUUUAAACGCGACAGCAGCCCUUAAGAUAUUCUCCACCAAAGGCCGGCCGGCUGACAAUCCUCUCAUCGUACAUGUGUCCUCGCGGCGUAUGCUACAAACCUUGCUUCCACAAAAUUAUACGCUUUCACCUUCUUACGAAUUGCUCAUAGAGCAUUUUUGGCCUGGACCCCUCACGCUACUUUUCCCCUGCGACCAUAGCCUGAUACCCGACAUCAUUACCGCUGGCCAGCCAACUGUCGCAAUCAGAAUACCAUCACAUCCGGUAGCACGAGCACUCAUUGCUGUUACCGAUGCACCGCUCGCAGCUCCAAGCGCCAACUCCUCCGGAAAACCUAGUCCUACCCGUGCAGAGCACGUGUUGAAUGACUUGAAUGGCAAAAUUACAAUCAUUCUAGACGGUGGCCCAUGUGAAGUUGGUCUAGAAAGUACGGUCGAGGACAUUAAACGAGUGCUCGUCAAUGGCUUCUCCGAUACCGAUACACCAAUACCCCAAAUCCUCGUCCAUCGUCGUGAUUUUCGUGACGACGCAUUGGAACAGGCACCCACUACACCUGGCAUGAAAUAUCGCCAUUAUUCCCCCUCAGUGCCAGUGACGCUGAUGCACAUGUCCGAAGUUCCCCUUGGAAUAGAACCUCUUAGCCCAUCCGCUUUUCUAGAGGAUCUCAAGCGUUCAAUGCCACAUUCUCCUAACGCUCUCCGCGUGGGGUUAUUGAUGCCUUCGGAUUCUAUUUUGAUGAAAUCUCUCAUCAGCGAUACGACCAUUCAGUGGCGUGAAUUUCCUUUUGGGCUGGUUUCGGAGCCAGCAAUUAUUGCAAGGCGGCUAUUUGAUGGACUGUUGACAUUGGAAAGGGAGGGGGUGGACUUAAUCUUAGUGGAAGAAGUUCCAGAAGAAAAUGAGGGCCUGGCAAUCAUGAACCGGAUCAAGAAAGCAGCUGGGAGUUCGCAAUGGAUCGCUAUUCCCUAG